UUCAAGGUCGACAAGACGUUUAUAAUAAAACCAAGAUGGCGUGUCGUCCAAGAGACGGUUUUCAUUUUAGACCAAAUUUAUGUUUGUAGCUUUCGUUUAUUGAUAAAAUAAGAUGAGCUCAAGAAGAUGGUUCUGGCCCACAAUUACCGGGAUUGAGGCCGAAAAGCUUCUAAUGGAGAGAGGUGUCGAUUGCAGCUUUCUCGCUCGACCUAGUUCCUCAAAUAAGGGAGAUUUCACUCUGUCUGUUAGACGCAAUGGACAGGUCACGCACAUUAAGAUUCAAAAUUCCGGCGAUUUUUACGACCUGUACGGUGGCGAAAAGUUUGCCACGUUAUCGGAAUUGGUACAGUAUUAUAUGGAAAAUCAGGGCCAGUUGAAGGAAAAGAAUGGGGAAAUUAUCGAACUCAAGUAUCCUUUAAAUUGUGAAGAUCCGACGACGGAACGGUGGUUUCAUGGGCAUCUAAGCGGGAAAGAAGCGGAACGAUUAAUUCUGGAAAGAGGAAAGAAUGGUAGUUUUUUAGUGAGGGAAAGUCAAUCGAAACCCGGAGAUUUUGUGCUGUCAGUGCGUACAGACGAUCGCGUGACUCACGUGAUGAUACGAUGUCAGGACAAUUUUUACGAUGUCGGCGGAGGUGAAAAAUUUAAGAGUUUAGCGGAUCUCAUUGAGCAUUACAAAAAAAAUCCAAUGGUUGAAACUUCAGGUACGGUAGUACAUUUAAAGCAACCAUUUAACGCAACUAGAAUAAGUGCAUCCGGUAUUCAUAGUAGGGUUAAACAGUUACAGAAGGAGAAUGGGUUAACUCAUUUUGGCAAGGCCGGUUUUUGGGAGGAGUUCGAGUCGUUACAGCAGCAAGAGUCUAAGCAUUUAUAUUCUAGAAAAGAAGGUAUUAAGGCUGAAAAUAGAAAUAAAAAUAGAUAUAAAAAUAUUCUACCCUUUGAUCAUACAAGGGUAAAAUUAAAAGAUGCCGAUCCGGCGGUCGCCGGCACCGAUUACAUAAAUGCAAAUUAUAUUAAAUGGGACGAUACUUAUAGUGGAAAUGAUUUACCUAAUGAUCCCAGUGGUAAAAUGUAUAUUGCAACGCAAGGUUGCUUACCUUCAACCGUAGAUGAUUUUUGGAAAAUGGUUUGGCAAGAGAAUUGUCGUGUGAUUGUUAUGACUACCAAAGAAAUUGAAAGAGGAAAGAACAAAUGCGCCAGGUACUGGCCAGAACCAAACACAAGCAAAGAUUUCGGAAAAAUGUCCAUAAAAAACGUAGCUGAAUCCUCAACGGCCCAUUAUACUUUAAGAGAAUUCCUUGCAAAAUUGAAUAAAGUGGAACGAAAAGUUUUUCAGUAUCAUUUUCAGGCGUGGCCCGAUCACGGCGUACCUUCCGAUCCAGGAUGCGUAUUAAAUUUCCUACACGAAGUUAAUAAACGACAAGAGUCGUUGGCGCAAGAGCUGCCAACCGAUCAGCCACCUGGCGCUAUUUUAGUUCACUGCUCGGCCGGUAUAGGCCGUACUGGAACGUUUAUUGUUAUUGACAUGAUUUUGGACCAAAUAAAGAAAAAUGGAUUUGACUGUGAAAUUGAUAUACAACGUACAAUACAAAUGGUAAGAUCUCAAAGAUCUGGUAUGGUACAGACUGAAGCUCAGUAUAAAUUUGUGUACUUAGCGGUACAACACCAUAUAGAAACUAUUACGGAACGCAUGAAAGCCGAACAGAAAUCAAUUCAAUUAGGUAGAGAGUAUACAAAUAUUAGGUAUAGCAACGAUACAAACAGUCUUCCGAAUAGUAAUUUGUCUUCAAGUUUGAGUGGUAUUGGAAGUACAACAACAUUGAACCGUUCAGUGCUUAACUUACCGUAUAGUCCUUCUAUAGUUACACCUCCCGUUGUGUUACGGUCUGAAAGCAAAAAGCAACCGAGGGCUGUGUCUGAUAUACAACUGCCUAGGCCGCCAGAAGAUUUACCACGGCCUACGAUAUAUGAAAACAUUCCUGUAAAAGAAAGAAAACUGAUCAAUAAUUCUACUGUAGUUUGUGUAACACAACCCCCGCCUCCGCCGCCCAGAAAAACGUGACGCAAGCUUAUUCUGCUGCAAUAGCCACACCUAAACGCUUUACAACGUUUUAAGCAGAUUACAAUAUUUAUAAAUCGUUUUACCUGCACCUAAUCAGAUAUUUUUCCUUUCUUACGUUAUACACCCGUUGUGAAUGCGCUUUAAACACAGAUAAUUUUGGGAUAUUUAUUAUGCCCAUACGCACCGUAAAAAUUAAGCAACAAAAUGUGAUGCCGUCGCUGCUUAAAUUUGGCGGUGCCUAUGGCCUUUAGUUGCUUAUCUUAGUACUCAGCUUAGUGUAUAAAUUUAUUCAGUGAGAGGUUUCUUAAUUGUGCCCGAUUGCUUCUUCCAAUUAUUAUGGUGCACUGUUUGUUGCGAAAGACAAAUAUAUUGCUGUGAAUUAUUUCAGAAUCGGUUAUCACACCUUCGAGAGAACUACCCGAGUUGAAUUGAACGAA